AUGUCAAAGAGAAGGCUUGAUAUUUCAGAGAAUAAUCCCUCUGAUAGUAACUAUAAUGAGCCAGAGUUGAAACGAACAAAAUUAGACAGAGAAACAGUAGCAAUUGAAGUCGAAGAAGACAAAGACGAAGAAGAAAUAGAAAAAGAGGAUUUUACAACAGUAGUGCUCGACUUACAACAACAACAACAACAUCCUCAGUUACAGUCAAGAUACGUUGAAUACAUCGAAGCAGGCUCACCCAAAGGUCCUGAAGCUUUCAAAAACGAUAAGCAGCUCAAAAACUAUUUUAUCCAUGUAUUGCUCAGCGAAUACGAAUUUUUGCAUGGUGAAACGAAAGUGAAUGGGUCAACUCCUAUCAAACAAGAAAAAAAGGUAUAUCAACUUGAAGAUUAUGACGAAGAAGAAGAAGAAUCCAUUGACAAUGAGGCCGAGGAGAAAGAAGAAGAAGAAGAACAUGAAGACGGUCCCUUAACGGGCUCUUUUAUUGGCUCUACAUUUUGGACAGCUCAGGAAAAGGACGCAUUUUUUCUAGCAUUAGAACGAUGUGGAAAGAGGAACAUUGAAGCAAUAAGUAGGCGUGUUGGAAAAUCAAAGACUGUCUUAGAAGUGGGAGAAUACUUGACUUUAUUGCAUCUGGUAUCGAGAAAUUAUGUGAAAAGAUCAAAAAAGUCGUAUUUGGAAAAGAGCAAAUAUUUAGACAGAUAUUAUGCAAGACAGAUGUCCAAUACGUUUAUACAGCUGGAAGAAGAGUUGUCGCAAAAGUUAGAGAAAAAGUUAGAAGUAGAGGCUUAUGCAAAGGAUGUCGAAUUGAAUAAACAUUCUAUUCAGCAACGUUUGCAUAUGGCAAACACAGAUAAUGCCAAAGAGAAGCAUGGCAGGAACGAAAAACGAAAAGAGAUAGAACCUGAGGAUGGAUAUAGUAAAGUGGAACCUUUAGAACUAUUUAAUGUGAAGAAUAUGUCUGUUCUAAGCAAAGCGGUACUCAAUAAUACCAGCAACAAGUCUAAAACAAAACAUAUUGCGUUAUUGACAGCGACUAUACCCAUUCUCCAUCGGCUGUUAAAAUCGUUUGUUCAAGAUGUUGUUCGUGAUAUACAGAUUGAGAUGAUGGGUAGACAAUUCCAUGAUAUCGAUAAAAAUACCCUUGUGACUGAUACCUUGAUGAAUUAUAUCAUAAAUAAAAGAAAGAAGUCAAGAAAAGAUAGACGAUUUAAUGAUUUGGAUCUCAAUGAUAAUGACUUUGAGGGCAGAUUGUUGAAAGAGGAUUACCUUUUAGGCAUAGAUGGGCUAGAAAGCAUGCAAGAAGAAGCCAUCAAAGAAGCCAAUAUUGAUGAAGACAAGAAUCUAGAAGCUACGGACAUGGAAGCAAUACAACUAUAUGAAAAAGAUGAACGAUUAGAGAAAGACUUGAUAGAAUUAGAUCUGUCGUUUGAGAGAGCAUUACUGAAGCACUUUGGUCCAUCUCAUAUAGAAAAUGUAACAACAUCUAAAGACGAUCGCAGUGAAGGCUUCUGA